GGUGAGCUUGAACAUCGGCAUGUGAAGCGGUUCUAUGCUCGAACAAACAGGGUUGCUUACAAGCUGCAAAUUGCCCGAAAAGAGCGGAAUCGGUCCCUUCUGGCCUCAAUCCGGGCAAAGGACUCAUUUCGGCCCCUCUCUGCACUCAAGGAGGACCGAAAACGUGCCAAGAUCGCAUCUGCUGAGGCGAACGCACGUUCCGUUCACUCGCACUCUAGAACACACAAUAUCUUGAGUACCAUUUAUUACAGCUUACAUGUCCACCUGCAGAACUUCAUCACACUUCUCCGCGACCAUUUGGUCAUGCGAUUUAUUGGGCCAGACGCAGAGCCGGAGGAUGGGUUUACCGAGAAACAUACUAACGGGAUACAGAUAUGCAAUGACCGCUUAUACCGCCACAAGACAAUCCGCAUCAACCAUACAACGUACGACAUGCGUCGCGAGCAAGACAACAUCAAUCCGCGCACUCACGCAGAUAUCAUGCUUCUUUCAUCCGACUCCGAUGUCCACCCCUUUUGGUACGCACGUGUCCUCGACAUUUACCAUGCCAAUGUACGCUACACUGGACCAGGAUCUACACACGCAAUGCAGGAAUGGCAGCGCAUCGACUUUGUUUGGGUGCGCUGGUUUGAGCACGACCUUUCGUACCAGGCCGGUUUUCAGCACCGCCGUCUCCCCCGUUUGCAGUUCAUGGAUGCAGACGAUCCUAACAACAUACCAUUUAGCUUUGUAAAUCCUGACGACAUUAUACAGGCCGCAUACCUUAUUCCCGCAUUCGAACAUGGUGGAACAACACAUCUCCUUGGGACCUCAAAACUGGCGCGCCGACUCAAGGACGAUGGUGAUGACUGUGAUUACUGGUGCUACUUCUAUGUCUUCAUGUAG